AUGUAUUUUUUCUUGGGUAACCUAUCAGUAGUCGACAUCUCUUUCUCUACAGUGACUGUUCCCAAGCUACUGUCGAGCAUUCUUCAUGAAGGAACCUCCAUGUCUUUCCUUGGCUGUUUCGUGCAGAUGUAUUUCUUUGUGUUUUUGGGCACCACCGAGAUUUUUCUUCUGUCAGUCAUGGCAUUUGAUCGAUAUUUGGCUAUUUGUAUCCCCUUAAGGUACAUAUUGUUAAUGAAUUAUAAGGUUAUGGCCAUUUUGGUUAGUACCGGCUGGGUGGCAGCUUCUCUACAUUCAUUAUUGCACACUUAUAUUCUGUCAAAAUUAAUUUACUGUGAGGACAGGCUAAUCCACCACUUCUUCUGUGAUGUGACACCCCUCAUCAAACUGUCCUGCUCCAGUACUAAACUAGCUGAACUCCUAAUAUUCACUGAAGGUUCUAUGGUUGUUAUUAUUCCAUUCUUUUUCAUACUCUUUUCCUAUGUACUCAUUGGAUGGACUAUACUGAAAAUGGAAACUAGGAGCAGCCGAAGCAAAGCCUUUUCUUCCUGCUCUUCUCAUCUCAUGGUCAUUUGCCUGUUCUAUGGUACCGCAGACAUUUUCAUUUACUUCCGUCCUCCAUCAGAUUACUCGUCCCAGUAUGAUCGCAUUGUUAGCAUGGCUUACACCAUCAUUACCCCUAUGCUGAAUCCUUUUAUUUACAGCCUACGGAACCAAGAUGUAAAACAGGCUCUGAAGAAGCUCAUCAUGCAAUGUUCUUUUCAUAGGAUACAUAGCAACCUUGCUCAUGUUUUGUGA